UGCAGGAACGGAUGCUGAAGCGGCGCCAGCACAUGCAGCAGCAGCAGCAGGGCCAGCAGCAGGGGCGGCAGCAGCAGCAACAGGAGCAGGGCCAGCAGCAGGGGCAGCAGCAGCAGCAGCAGCAGGAGCAGGGCCAGCAGCAGGGGCGGCAGCAGCAGCAGGGGCGGCGUCAGCAGCAGCAGCAGCAGCAGCGGCAGCAACAGCAGCAGGAGGAGCAGCAGCAGCAGGGCCAGCAGCAGGGGUGGCAGCAGCAGCAGCAGGGUCAGCAGCAGGGGCGGCAGCAGCAGCAGCAGGAGCAGGGCCAGCAGCAGGGGCGGCAGCAGCAGCAGGGGCGGCGGCAGCAGCAGCAGCAGCAGCAGCGGCAGCAACAGCAGCAGGAGGAGCAGCAGCAGGGACAGCAGCAGGGACAGCAACAGGGACAGCAGCAGGGACAGCAACAGGGAAAGCAGCAGGGACAGCAGCAGGGGCAGCAAUGGGGACAGCAGCAGGGACAGCAGCAGCAGCAGCAGCAGGGCCAGCAGCAUAGGCAGCAGCACCUGCGACAACCAGAGGGGCAACAUCAGGAACAACGGUGGCAGCAUCUGCAGCGGCUGCUGCUGCAACUGCAGCAGCAGCAACACCAACAACUGCAGCAGCAACUGCAGCGAGGGCAGGGACAAGGUUCAUGAAUGUUUUUGGAAGAUGAUUGUAG